CUGCGUUUUGGGACCACAAAGAAAGGGUGAAAUUUCUAUUCGUCUGUUUCACGUACCCGCACUACACCAACAUUGAACCAUGUCUAAGGUCAGCGUUGCCACGGUCCGCUCUAAUGUCGAGCACAUCCUUCAAGGAUCUCAAGAAAAGAGACGCCAUUUUACCGAGACUGUCGAGCUUCAAAUCGGUUUGAAGAACUACGACCCCCAACGUGAUAAGCGUUUCUCUGGUACCAUCAAGUUGCCCAAUGUCCCCCGUCCUAACAUGGCUCUCUGCAUUCUUGGUGAUGCCCACGAUUUGGACCGUGCUAAGCAUGGCGGUGUUGAUGCUAUGUCCGUCGAUGACUUGAAGAAGCUUAACAAGAACAAAAAGCUUGUUAAGAAGUUGGCUAAGAAGUACGACGCUUUCGUUGCUUCCGAUGUCCUCAUCAAGCAAAUUCCCCGUUUGUUAGGUCCCGGUCUCUCCAAGGCUGGUAAGUUCCCUACCCCUGUCUCUCACAACGAUGACCUUUACGGUAAGAUUGUCGAAGUUAAGUCUACCAUCAAGUUCCAAUUGAAGAAGGUUCUUUGUCUUGGUGUCGCCGUUGGUCACGUUGAGAUGUCUCAAGACCAAUUGAUCUCUAACAUCAUGCUUGCCGUUAACUUCUUGGUCUCUUUGCUUAAGAAGGGCUGGCAAAACAUUGGUUCCUUGGUCAUCAAGUCUACCAUGGGUAAGCCUUUCAGACUCUACUAAAAAAAGGCAUGUGGGGUUGGUGUUUCACUUUAUAGUAUAAUUUUCUUACAUGCAAUCAAUUUCACUUGAUUAGUUCAAACUUCUUUCGAGUACUCACUGUAGUCAUAAUUUGUUCCCCAUAUGGUACAAGUGUUGUAUUAUUAACUCCAUAUGAUGUUGUAUGUCCCUUCAGGAAUCUAGUUCUCCCAAUGUAUAUCAGCUACUUACUACCUUUCUACAACUUGAUUUUAAUCCUAAAUAAAUUUUUUAUUAAACCGA